UGAUGUGAGAUAUGUUAUUGUCUAGAACCGGUACCGACACUCAGUGAGCCAGCGGUCCGUGAACCUCUCAUCAGUAUGGCUGCCGGGACGCUGCAGGAGCUUGUCUCCGCCGCUGCCGCUGAGCAUCCUGACAGAGCCGCCGUGACAUACGACGGCGGCCCGGUGUCGGGGAGCCCGGUGUCUCUGCUGUACCGAGACCUGGUUGAACUGACCGGUGAACUGUCUCUGAUCUUACGGGAGAACUGCUCUGCUAGUAACGGCGUCAUCGGGCUGUACUGCCGUGAUGAUUUGUUCAUACCUGUGUGGAUCCUAGGGAUCCUUCAGUCUCCUGCUGCCUAUGUCCCACUGGACCCAGAGGCUCCAGGACUUCUCUCUGCCAGAGUCAUGAACCGCUGUGGCCUCAAGUACUGUGCUGUGAAGACUGACCUGCUGCAGCGUUUCCAGACAGCUGUGGUCACACACAUGUCGGUGGAGGUGUGUUUGGUGUUGUCCAAGUUCAAACUAACAGUGGUACGAGUCGAGUUGCUGCCAGUCGCUGAGCUCGGACCAGACACACAGCAGACUGUGGCCCAGCUGGAGAAGGACUCUGGGAACAGGGACCUGGCGUAUGUGCUGCACACAUCUGGAACGACUGGCCUCCCAAAGAUUGUGCGAGUACCACACAAGUGUAUCCUCCCCAAUAUUCUCCACCUGAGAUCGUUGUUUCAGGUGAGUGCAUGUGAUGUGGUUUUCCUGGCCUCACCUUUAACCUUUGACCCCUCUGUGGUGGAUAUUUUCCUGGCCUUAUCAUCCGGGGCUCAGCUCCUCAUGGUUCCCUCUAUGAUCAAGAAAACGCCCAGUCGACUGGCUCAGCUGCUGUUCAGGGAUCAUGAGACGACCGUCCUUCAGGUCACACCCACUCUGCUCAGCCGCUUCGGGCAUCGCAUCCUCAAACAGGAAGUGUUGUCGCCUGGCUCCUCGCUGCGGGUGUUGGCUCUGGGCGGAGAGGCCUGUCCCUCGCCGGCUGCGCUGAGGAGCUGGAGACACGAGGACAACAAAACACACAUUUACAACAUCUACGGCAUCACUGAGGUGUCCUGCUGGGCCUGCUGCUGCAGAGUCCCACAGUCUCUGCUGCAGGCCACAGACCCUCCCUCCAGCGCGGCGUCCUCAGUGCCUCUCGGGACUCCUCUGAUGGACACGCUGGUGGAGGUCAGAGAUGAACAUGGCUGCGUUGUUACAGAGGGAGAAGGACAGGUGUUCAUAGGUGGAGAGGACAGAGUGUGUCUCCUGGACGAGGAGCAGGCCGUCGUCCCCGGGACGAUGAGAGCCAGCGGAGACUGGGUGAACGUUAAAGACGCCCAGCUGUACUACCUGGGACGCAGAGACAGGCUGAUAAAACGCCAUGGGAAACGGGUGAACCUGGACGGCGUGCAGCAGCUCAUCGUGAGUCUGCCUCAGGUGGAGGCCUGUGCUGUGGGUCUGUCCGACGGCUCUCGGCUGCUCGCCUUUGUUGUGGCGUCUACAUCUGGAGACCAGACCGCAGCGUCUCCUCUCACAUCUGUACAGCAGUGUGAGGAGAAAUCACCCUCGGGUCUUGGUCAGUAUCAAGACCACCUCCCUUCUCUGGUAAAGCACCACCCCCACCGGGAGGAGGAGACGGGCGGUGCAGACGGAGAGCUGCGCAGACUGAUAGUGGACCGGCUGUCUCUGCUGCUGCCGUCAUACAGCGUUCCUGACACGCUGGUCCUCGUCCCGGCGUUAAGCCUGACUCGUCAUGGUAAAGUGGACAUGGAGGCUCUUAUGAGAAUAUACCACAGGCAGAGACACAGAGUGGAGUCCUCGCAGGGAGACGUCAGCCAACUAAAGCAAACCCUUCAGUCUUUGUGGCAGGAGGCUUUAGGUUUUGCUGAAGCUGUGACCAUUGACGAGGAAUCCAACUUCCUGUUGAGUGGAGGCGACUCUCUGAAGGCGCUGCACCUGUGUGAGGACAUCCUCUCUGCUGUGGGAGUCCCCGCACCACAACUGUUGGAGGUUAUACUUGACGGGACCUUUUCUGACAUCCUGCGCUGCGUUGCCAGAGCGACAGUGAUGCUGCCACUCGAGAACAGCACAUCAUCACUUCCUGAGGCCAAGAAGCGGCAAACUGACGCUCCCCCUGUUGUUCUAGUGAAGAGACAACGCACAGAGUCUGAGUCUAGAGUGGCAGAGAGGCCGCAGGAGGAGAGACGGGCUGUGAAAGUUAUAAGACGAGCAGGUGAUGUGAUGGAAAUCAACGUCAGGAAUGAGGAGACGAGUAAAAACCUCCAGACUGAGAAACGGGGAGCUGCUGCUCUGGGCCUCAGUCUGAGCUGGUCCUCAGAUACAGGCAGAUGUGUGGACGCCUCGCCGGUGCUUCUGGUCCAUGAAAGAACAGAUCAGAGGUCAGAUUCUACCCAAAUAACCGUGUUCAUCGGUUCACACUCUCACAGGAUCCAGGCUUUAGACCUGGACACCGGGAGCCUCGUGUGGGAGCGAGUCCUCGGGGACAGAAUCGAGGCGUCGGCUGCCGUGUCUCGCUGCGGGACUCUGGUGGUUAUAGGUUGCUACGACGGCUCUGUGUAUUUUUUGUGCGCUGCUUCUGGAAAGACGCGGUGGACAUUUGAGACGGGAGACGCUGUGAAGAGCUGUCCCGCUGUGGAUCCCCACACAGGUCUGGUGAUGGUGGGAUCACAUGAUGGACAUGUUUAUGCCCUGAACCCAAAGCUUCAGCGGUGUGUCUGGAAACGUCACUGUGGGGGAGGGGCCGUGUUUUCCUCCCCCUGGCUCCAGCCAACCCUCAGGCAGCUGUAUGUGGCGUCGCUGGGGGGUCACCUGCUCUGCCUCCACCCAGACAGUGGAGAGGUGCUGUGGUCUGUCCGCAGAGACGUCCCGUUCUUCUCGUCACCAAACGCCUCCUCCGGUGGCGUCGCCAUUGGCUCAGUGGAUGGAAACAUCUGCUGCUUCAGCAACACGGGGAAACUGGUGUGGCAGUUUCCAACAAAGGGCCCCGUCUUCUCGUCUCCGUGCGUCACACCUGACCAGCGGAGGCUUCUGUGUGGAUCUCACGACGGUCACCUGUACUGUCUGAACUGCGCCGACGGCUCUUUGGUUUGGACUUUCCGGACGUCGGGCAAAGUGUACUCCAGCCCGUGUGUGUUCGAUGGCUCCGCUGUGGGCAGGACGGGGGUUCUGGUGGCGCUGGCCUCCACAGACGGCACCGUCUGGAUCCUGGACGGUCUCAACGGACAAACGCUGGCCUCGCACACUCUGCCCGGGGAGCUGUUCUCAUCCCCGGUGGUGUAUGAACAGUCUCUUGUCAUCGGGUGCCGCAAUGACUCUGUGUAUUGUUUGAAGCUGAGUGUCCAAGAGGAAGCAGAGAAGGAUUAA